AUGAUAGCGGGAACACUGGUAGCCCCAGGAGACAAAGUUCUCGAUAGAAUAGGCGAUUACAAAAUGGGAAAUGGUUUGUACGAAACGAACAGACGAAUCUUCUCUUCUAUCGCCGGAUUCGUUAAUGUUUACGGAUUCAGAGAUAAAUCCGAUAAUCUGAUUCAAGUAAUAGAAGUGCGACGGAGUGAAGAUCAAAUGGAUAAUGAGCUCCUCCCAUUCAGCGGAGCCGUAGUUACAGCAAAAGUAAUGGCUGUUGGCUUGAGGUUUGCAAAAUGUGAUAUUAUCAGUAUCGGUGAUAAAGUCUAUAAGAAGAGAUUUUCCGCGUUGUUACCCAAGAAGAAAUUGAGACCGCUUGAACCGGAAUUGAGUGACCCAUUCAAAAACUUUGUCCGACCGAACGACUACAUUCUUGCCAAAGUUUGUGAAGACGCUGGAAUCAAGGACAAAUUCGUACUAUCCAUCGCAGAAGAUGAACUCGGAGUUGUGCUGUGUCGUGGAAAGUUUGGAGAGCCAAUGAAAAAAGUGGAUUGGAAUACAGUAGUCUCUACAAGAACCGGCAAGACGGAACCGAGGAAAAUGGCAAAGGUGCCGCAAAAGUGUAUGCUGCCAACCGAUUCAAUGGAAACGAGUGCCUAG